CUCGCUUUCGACAUGACACCGUGGAAGAAAGUAUCUUUACUCAAAAUUUAGUGUAAUAAAGCUUCACCAUUUUUUUACGUCCAUUUACAAUUAUUUGCUUUCAAAAGGAAAGCGUUAACUGUCAGACUACCCGAAACGGCUAACCUUUCCCCUGCCACUGAACCGAAGAUGUAUGCUAGCAUGCGUAUUUGUCGGUCACCAUCGACUUUUUUUGGACGCCUCUUUCGUCUUUGAGGAUGGCUAGCCCUACAUUGACCGAAAGUUUGGUUACAUUGGGGCUGAUUUUAAGUGAAGUUUAUUGGCAUUUUUGCUCUACAUGGCGGUUACAGUACCCGGUGUAUAGCCAACAAUCUAUUAAUUUGACAGCUGCAGCUAGUUAUAUCGGGAAUGGAAGCCGGAUACACGGGUUGAGUAAUCCACAGGAACGCCUCCUUUGUCGCUCGUCCAAUGGACGGCCAAAAGGGCCGGUCUACGUAUGGUGAAUGUGCUUUAGGAAGGCGCUUUGAGUCUGUACCUAGAGGGAACGGCGGAGAGAGCUGCAGGAUGGCGGGUACAGUGGUCAGGACUCCAGGCUCCUCACCUGAUAAAUCCAGUUGUUUUUAUUUGGUGACCUGGAUCAACAGCCUUCUGAAGACAAACUUCAAAAAUGUGCAGGAGAUGGGUUCAGGUGCGUGCCACUGUCAGGUGAUGGACUGCAUUUUUCCUGGAUCUGUUGACAUGACCAAGGUGAAGUUUGAUGCGCAAAGUGAGGAUGACUAUAAGCACAAUUUCAGGCUCCUCCAUGAGGCCUUCACCACAAAUGGCGUCACAAGGAUCAUUCCGGUUGAGAAGCUCAUAACAGGAGAUUUUAAAAGCAACUUUGAGUUCCUGAAGUGGUUCAAACGUUUCUAUGAGGAAAAUGUGAAAAAUAACGAAUAUGACCCUGUGAAAGCUCGUGGCAGCUGUGAUAUCAGCCCUAUUUUGGUUAAGUCAGAGACAUCUAAAUUGGAAUCAGACAUGGAAGAAAAGUGCAAAACGACUAAAAGGUUCCCUUACACAGAGAAGUGGAAGGAUAUUUUUGCUUGGGCUGACCGCAGUGCUCGUGGUGACCACUAUACCUACUGCUCCUCUUGUGACACUGACCUUAGUACUAUUUUCAAAGGCGUUAUUGAACUUAAGCGACACGUGGAAACAGCCAAACACAAGAAAAGGACUGCGAAGAAAAGAGUCAGCCAAAGCAUGCAGGUCACAAAGUCGCUGCCUUGCAGUGAUGCAGCUGUCAGGUUUAUUUACAAUCACUGUUACACUGGAUCUGCUAAAGGUCAGCAGGGGUCUAGACAUUUUGCACACUGUAAGCUGGGAUCUCAGUACCCCAAAGAUAUUAUAUCUGUAUGUGAAAACACUCCUUACUGUUUAUACAUUUAUGGAGGGGUACCAGUAGGAAAGGAUGAAGCUGUCUCUGUGUUGCUUGUUGGAUUUUUUGAUGUUAAAACCUCCAGUCACUGCAUCAGAUUUCUGGAUGCUCUUCAGUCAGGGGGUGGUCCAGGAGAUCAGUCUGCAGCAGCAGUGGUGGAUAGCUUGAAGAAAUUCGGGCUAUCCACAGAUAAUCUUGCUGCUGUUUAUUUAACUGGUAAUGGUGCAGCCACAGAGCAGAUCUGUUCACAGCUCAGGGAGCUCAAUGCAAACAUCGUAGCCUUAGGAGGCCUGUACACAGUCGCUGAUGCUGCUUGUCGUGCUGCCAUCAAAGAGCUCUCCAGUCAGGCUCAAGAAUUGAUAGUAGACCUCCAUGCACACUAUUCCUCCUGCUCUUCCAAGAAUGACUGCCUUAAAGCCCUUUUUGGCUCUGAUGUCAGCAACAACAGCAUGUCAUUUCACCCCAACGCCAGCUCCUUUAGAUUUUUUCUGUUGGUUACAAAAAUCUUGGAAAAAUGGACUGAUCUCACACUGUUCUUCAGUUCAUACAAUGAAGACAUUGAGAAGGCGAAGUCCAUCUGUUCUCAGCUGAAGGAUCCCAAAGUCAAGGCAACAUUUAUGUUCCUAGAGCAGGCCUUAGAGCCUCUGCACCGUUUUCAAAGGAAAACUCAGGAAGCUUCUGGUGCUGAUAGGCAGCUUAUCCUAGAUGAAGCUAAUAGCCUGCUUUCCAUUUACACUUCCUACUUCCUGAGCCCCGAGGCUGCUGCUCGCUUCCUCAAGGAACGUGAUGUCCAAAUCCUUAAGAACAAGAGCUUCCACCUUCCAAGCUCUGAGCUCAGUCUGGGUGAAAAAACUGUAGAAGACUUUCUGAAAACAUCUGAGGCUGCUGAGGCACUGCCACUGUUACAGGAGCAGGUGUUGUCAUUUUACAUUGCACUUACAGAUUGUAUCGCAGAGGAGCUGCCUUUAAAUGACUCAGUGCUGAAGAGCAUUGCUCAGCUGCUGAACCCACAGAGCAGGCUGAAAAUGACAGGGGAAAUGGUUGGGGAGCUGGGCACCAAGCUGGGAAUCUGCAACUCUCCUGAGGAAGUCAAACAGCUCACAACUGAAUUCCUCGAGUAUCAGAAUGCUCAGGAGAGAGAGAGCGAGGUGGAAGCAAAGGACAACGCAGCUGUGGGUUCACUGGAGAAGCACACCAGCCUACUGACUCAAACCAAGCCAGCCUCAGUCUUCAGGAAGCUUCUUUUGAUCCUUUUGUCUUUACCAUGUCCUCCGCUUGAAACGCAGCAGAUUUUUACUCAGGCCUUAGAGAAUGACAAUGGUGGAGUCCUUUCUGAGAGUGACGCCUUAACAGAAAGCGAGUUGGAUGCCACAUUUGAGGCCCUCUCUGACAGCAUCAACAGCAAGGACCGCCAAAUUCGCACGAGAGGUCAGAAUGGCAUUAAUGUAAAAGUGAAACCGUGUGCUGUCCACCUUACAAAAAUAAAAGAGCCAGAUGAUGGAUUUGAAAACAUACUUGAAGUGAAUGGUGCCUCAUGGAAAGAGGGGACCAUUAGGGGAGGUUUUGGCUGGGAGAGCAGCUUGCGCCAGAAGCCAAAGGCCCGGUCAUUGUAUCAGGCUGGUACUAACAUCUGGGCCAAAUCCAUAGAUCUUGAUAAGGACAGCAAAAAUGGUCUGGGGUCCCAAGAUGAUGUGUCGGAAGAAGCAACACCCAAUAAACAAACACCAACUAGAGCACGACGUAGACCAGCCUACCAGGAUGGUAAAGGGUUUCUUGCAGGAGAGCUGGUGUGGGGGAAGAUUAAAGGUUUUUCCUGGUGGCCUGGGAUGGUGGUGCCGUGGAAAACCAAGUGUGCUCCUGUGGGUAUGCGGAGAGUGGAGUGGUUCGGAGACGGGAUGUUCUCAGAGGUGCAUACUGAGGGUCUUAUGUCGUUUACUGCCUUCACUAAGUGCUUCUGCAAAAAUUCCUUUGCCAGCUUGCCCGUCUAUAAGAAAGCUAUCUACCAAAUACUUGAGUUGGCAGGUGAGAGGUGUGGGAAAUCUUUUGCUGAGGCUGAAGGUAAUGAAGAAAAAGAGCUAAAGCUGAUGUUGGACUGGGCUUUUGAGGGAUUUCUGCCUACAGGACCUGAUGGAUUCAUACCAGCUGAUUCCUCUGCACAUGGUCAUUCCUCUGAUUCGACUCUGUCCGACAUCCCGCCUCCAGCGAAAAGAAAAUAUGUUUUUAAAAAUAAGGCAAAUGCUCCCAUCAUAGUCUAUAACAAAGAAAAAAUAACAGAAGGAGUCAAAGAAAAGGGCAAAACAAUUGAAGGUAAAUUUUGUUUGUCUUGUGGAUCAUGUGAGAUUGACGUCCAGCACCCAUUGUUUGAAGGUGGUCUUUGUCUAAAUGCAAAGGGAAAACUUCACGAAACACUGUACCGCUACGAUGACGACGGCUACCAGUCGUACUGCACUAUAUGCUGUGCAGGUUUGGAGGUCAUUCUUUGUGGCAACCCCAGCUGCUGCAGAUGUUACUGUAAGGACUGUCUGAACAUCCUGGUGGGCCCAGACACCUUUGAUAAGCAGAAAGAUAUCGACCCGUGGAGCUGCUUCAUAUGCCAGCCGUCAGCGUGUAAAGGAAACCUCAAACUCAGGCCAGACUGGAGUGUGAAGGUCCAAGACUUCUUUGCCAACAACAGCGCCAUGGAGUUUGAGCCUCACAGAGUUUACCCUUCAAUUCCUGCUGAUCAGCGCAGGCCAAUAAAGGUGCUCUCGCUUUUUGAUGGCAUUGCAACAGGAUACCUGGUGCUCAAAGACCUGGGCUUCAAGAUCGAGCGCUACAUUGCUUCAGAGAUUUGUGAUGAUUCAAUCGCCGUAGGGAUGGUCAAGCACGAGGGAAAGAUCGAGUAUGUCAGUGACGUUCGCACAAUUACGAGAAAACAUCUGGCUGAAUGGGGUCCUUUUGAUCUUCUGAUUGGAGGCAGUCCCUGUAACGACCUGUCCAUGGUGAACCCGCUUCGAAAAGGAUUAUUUGAGGGCACUGGAAGGCUCUUUUUUGAGUUCUAUCGCAUACUGACCUUGUUGAGGCCAAGAGAGGACGACAACCGCCCGUUUUUCUGGUUGUUUGAGAAUGUGGUUUUCAUGAGCGCCAACGACAAAUCAGAUAUCUGCAGAUUCUUAGAGUGUAAUCCAAUUCUUAUUGAUGCAGUGAAAGUCAGUCCUGCUCACAGAGCACGGUACUUCUGGGGAAAUCUACCUGGCAUGAACAGACCUCUCGCUACGUCUCUCGAUGACAAGGUGACUCUGCAGGGCUGUCUGGAAGCUGGACGCGAGGCAAAGUUUGACAAAGUGCGAACUAUCACAACAAAGUCCAACUCCAUCAGGCAGGGGAAGAUGGGGCCGCUGCCUGUCUCCAUGAAUGGCAAGGAAGACUACCUGUGGUGCACUGAAAUGGAACAGAUCUUUGGCUUCCCCAAACACUACACUGACGUGAACAACAUGGGCCGAAUGCAGAGGCAGAAAGUCCUGGGUCGCUCCUGGAGUGUGCCUGUGAUUCGUCACCUCUUUGCCCCACUGAAGGAUUAUUUUGAAUGUGAAUAGCGAAUGUGAAAUGAAUCCUCACACCAGAGCUGGAGCGGUAAACCUGAUGCCUUAUCCUGCCCUGCCUUACUAGCUAGUUUAAACUCUGGUCUCUCUCUCUCUCUGGAAGACCUAACAUAGUUUUGCCUUUUAGAAAUGAUUUGCUCAUGAAUUUCCUUUUUUGUUUUAUUCUGUGAUUCUGUCAGUCAACCAUGAUCCUCCACCACAGCAGGCACAGACACUUUUCAGUUUCUUUUGAAAAAUGAUGUUGCUGUAAUCAAAACACUAAUGUCACUCAGAACAGGCCUGCAUCAUGAAGUGAGGUGGAUCAGUUAGGUCACUCUGCUUACUUUAAUCAUGAAUAGAAAGGCGAUCAUAGCUGCUAGUCAAAUUGACACACUGUUUUUAAUUAGAUUUUUUAAUUAAAUAUGACUGCAACAUUUUUGUCAGACAGGCUACAAUCAGUUUGUUUUUUUUACUCUGGAUGAUGUGAAAAGAGCUGCUGGAAGCAGAAGUGUUUCUGGAUGCUUCAGUGUUUCUGUUCUGGUUCAGUGUCAAUGAACCAGUGUCUCAAACUGAUAACACGCGCAGUUAGAGGCAACUUAAUAACCACAGUGAUACAUCCAAGAGUCCGAUAAUUCCCUCUGGAUCCACAGCAGAGCCAAAACAGAUGAAACACUGCACUUGGAUUUAUCAGGUCAUUAUAAAUACGAGACUAUAUAAUGCUUAUGGUGCUGGUGUAAGUGUUGGACAGUACGUUAAAAGCUUUAAAGGCAUCUUCUGUUUUCAGCUUUUCUUGUUCUGGCCUUAAGUUGCCUAAAAUUAGUCACUAUAUGAUUAUAUGUAGUUCCAGAGUUCAGUUCCAGGUCACAGAGAGUGGCUGAACUCACUCCGUGGUGCAGGCCUCUCCUCUCUACCUCAACACUGGUUUAAAAUCUGCAACUGCAAGUUUUUGGUGUUAAUUUAUGAAUACAAACCAGUAUUACUUUGUUUCUGUAUGAUCCAUAUUUUAUCAUGUUUUCCAUUAAUCUUUCACGGGAUUUUAAGUAUGGUCCAAUCCUUACUGUGAUGAAUUUUGUUGCUUUUUUACUUCCAAUGGAUUUUUUCUUAAUCUGUGUUUUAACACACUUUCCAUCAAAUCCCAUCAGUCCCGCUGUGAUGCACCAGUGAUUUUUACCCCACUGGUUUUGCAUUUGUGCUAAAAUUUAAUCUUUUUUAAGGAUGUUAUUUACACAAGACCAGAAAUAUUUAGAAUCUGCUCACUGGCGACAAGCUGAGUCUUUUAAUGAGCCACACAGGUCAGACUUUAGUAGACAGGAUGUUUUUAAAGUGGCAGAUAUUCACGGUAAAGGACUGUAACUAUGGUUUAAUCGCUACAAACAAAAAAGUCAAAGUACAUUUAUAACAUAAAGAGGGCACACCAUGUCAAAUAAAACCAUUAAACAUUCCUUGAAAUGUAUUUAGCUUCCCCCUUCUAACAGGUAAUUUUAUUUCCAGUUUUUCUGUUUUAUUUGAAUGACAUUUUUCACGACAGGAACUGUUGGCCAGUUAGUUACUUUUUGUGAUAACCUAUGUUUAAAGAUUGUUUAAGACCUUCCAAAACAAACUAAAGCCUAAACAUAAUUUGAAGAAACAAAUUCUAUGACUUUAUGUCCAAAGUAUAUAUUGUGUUCAAGAGAUAUCAACUGGAGUUGAAUUCUUGCUGGGCUGUACUUUCACAUAAUACAUCUUUGUAUUGACUCAUGGUGCAGUGAGUCAAUAUAAGUCAGUGUUUUUCAAGGCAGGCUAUUCAGAGCACAUUAAUAUUUACAGUCUUGGCCUCAUAAAAUGCAGAGUGCACAUCCAGAAACAUUUCAAUGCACCCACAGAUGAAAUGCUGCCCCCUUGUGGUGAAGGUUUGGUUAAAUUCACAGAGGGGAAGUUCUAAAAAGUACCUCGAAGCAGUCAGCUGCCAAACAUUAUCCCCUUUGGUCACCGUGUACACAAUUGUGUGCAUUAUUCUCUGUAGUUAUAUAUUGUACUGUAAUAUUCAUUUUCUGACAUCUCCUACCUUAAAAAAAAAAAAAAAAGCUUAGUAGGUAGAAGGUGAUUCUCUCCCACCACCACCACCAAAAUUCCUGUAUUGUGACUAAAGGUUGAAAAAAGCCAUAAAACAGUCAAAUGAAGGGCAAAUGAAAGUAAUUAGAAAAAAUACAAUAAAAUCUGUUGAUGUUUCUACUAUGUCCAUGUGUAGAACUACUGAACUACAUAAUAGACUGUUAUUGUGAAAAGAAACAGGAUGCAGUAGAGCAACAUUUCACUUAGCGAUCUGAGCCAAAUGUAUUAUGGUUAUAUUACAUAUUUUGUGGCUUUUUAUUCAUGCAGUUAUUUCAUAGCAUUCAUGUGUUUAUUUUGUUUUCCAUGUAAUGUAUUUUGAUUUCCAUCAAGCAGCUGUUCAAAAGACAAACAUGAACCUCCAAAAUGUAAACAUGGAUCUGCUCAAGAUCCAGAUUUUUAAAGUUUUCUCAAAACCGUAACUUGUGCUAAAUUUGCUCCAUGUCUAAUUUGCUGUGAUGUUUACACCGGUCUGUGUAACUCAAAGCUUUAACCCAGCUGCAGCUAUUAGAGAAAAUUACAUGGCAGGUGUUUGUUUUAUUCUGUGAAAAAAACAAAAACAAAUUUAAUGGUUCCAGUUGUGAAAUGUGCGUUUUUCGCUCUGAGAUUGUAAUAAUUUCAUAGUAAUUAACAAUGUUAAUUGUUAAUCAGUCAAGAUUAUAAUCACAACGUUGAUAACUGUUUUUUUUUUUUUUUUUAAAUUGCAAUAAUUUUAAAAGCACAAAAUACUUAAAAAUUAUUCAAGUGCUCAGUUUCCAGGUGCUAAACUUGAUCUUUCUUUUCACCACAUAUAACCUGAAUAUCUCUUGUGGAAAAACAUUUUUUGAACUGUGGUUCUCAUAUUCUGUAACAUUUUUCUGUAGUUUUAAAAAGUACAAUUAAUUAUUUUUGAUUGCGUAAUCGGUAGAAUAAUCAAUAGUGAAAUUCUUAAUUGCAGCACUGAUAUUUCGGGAUUGUGGUAUUAUUGACUGAUUUGGGGGGGGGUAACAAGACGUCUGUCAUUUCCUGCUCCAGAAAAUUGUAGCCAUGUUUGCUUCUUUUUAUUUUUUUUUAUCAGGUAAACAAUGGACAGACUAAUAAUAGAAAUAAGCAGUUUGAAGGCGAGCUGUAACACCAGUUUCAAUGUUACUUCUGUUUCUUCCCCUAAACGUUUGGUGCUGUGUUUUUUAAAAAAUACUGUUCAGGUGUCAAGUUGACAUUUUUGUUGUUCAAAUCAUUAUAUUAACAUGACUGGAGGUUUAGAUAUCGGUGCUACCCUCCGUCAUGACUCACUGUGUUUGGGUUUCCUGUUUGAUCACAGAUGUUUCGUACUGUUGAGUGUGUUCAUAUGACAGCGAGGCUUCAUUUUUACACUUUUACCUCAUUGUUACUUUUUGGGAUUUCUGAUGGUGCUAUGGCAACGGUGCUCACUUUGCAUGUUCAGUUCAGUUACAGCCUCCUUUAUGUUUUUACAUCUGAUCCUGACGCUAGCUGAAAAGGAACUUUACUGUGUUUUUAUUUUGCAGUGUGUUAACGUGUUUUUCAUUUUUAUCGAAUGAGCAAUUGUUGUAGGAAAAUAUUAGUAUGAUAGUUAAUUAUCUUUGUGAAGGGAAAAAAAUGUUGGAGCAUAAUGACAAAGUGUUUGAGGAUUUCACUCAGGCAUUAAAAACAGGUGCUGUUAAAAGACAAACAUUUCCUUUUUGGCUCUAUUUUCAUUUAUGUCUGGACUAAUUUAGCCAAAAAUGCCUUUUCUUGAGCCAGAAUGUUUCAUUGCUUCCCAGUGACUGAUUAAAGACUGAUAGACUGGA